UCAAUAUCAACAAACGAAACACGCGGACGGCUCCAGAUCGAGGUGCUAUUUGAUUUAAUGAGAACAUGGUGGCGACAAAAGCUAAGAAUAACGGAAAUGUUAAGCAAAAGAAACCCAAAAGCGACAGCGACAUACCAGUUCUGAGGUCGAAGGGCUGGCAGAAGGUGAAAAUUAAGGGUCAUGUGAUAUCAGACGACUUUACCGGUUACGAGGGAAUGAUUGGCCUGGAAGUUCUCAAGGAGUACGAUCCAGCGCUGGUAAAAUCAACUGAGAAACAGAGCAACGACAGUAGCUAUGAGCAGAAGAACAGACGUAAACGAUCUAAAUCAGGAAAAGAUUCAGAGGAGUCCUCGAGUGAAGAGGAGGAGAGCGACGAUGAUGCUGAGAAUGGGGCAGCCAGCAAAAAGAAAGCUAAGCUGGCUGAGCGACAUGCACUGCGACUGCAGAAGCAGCGGGAGAAGCGUGAACAACGUAAGAAAGAGCGGAAACAAAAGAAGGCUGCGCCCACAGCAACGGAGACCAAACCAAUCAAAUCACAAUUCACACCCAACGAGGACUACGAACCAGACCGCUUUGCGUUGCUGCGACCGCCGCCGCCAUCAGAUGAUGAGCAGCUGGAAGGUGCAGAGAGUGCCGACGAUGAGCAGGUGCCUGAGCUAGUGCCAUGUGAGCCACAACCAAACAAUUUGGAUAUGACGAAAUGGCACGGUAUGGGCGUACCAGAGCCAAUUAUGCGAGCUUUGGCGGAGCUGGGUUACGAGGCGCCGACCCAGAUACAGGCCAUGACUCUGCCGGCAGCUAUACACGGCAAGAAGGAUAUACUGGGUGCAGCGGAGACAGGAAGUGGCAAAACUCUUGCCUUUGGCAUACCCAUACUCUCGGGCAUAAUGGAACUGAAGCAGCGCAACGAUGACUCUGGCAUACGCAAGGCGCCAAAGGUGAAAGGCGCUCAAGGACCAGUAGAAGAGGCGCCGCCGACAAAGGAUAACCAUGAGCUGACACCGCCGCCAGAGGAGCUGGACUAUGUGUCCGGGGCCAGUGAUGAGGAGAGCGACAACGAGAAUGACCCAGAAGCGAGGCAGCGGCCACUCUACGCCGUUGUGCUAACGCCCACCCGUGAAUUGGCCGUGCAGGUGAAGAAUCAUCUGGUCAGUGCCGCCAAAUAUACGGGCAUCAAUGUCGCCGCCAUCUUUGGCGGCCUGUCCGUGGCCAAGCAGGAGCGCGUGCUGCGUCAAUGCCCGGAAAUUGUGGUGGCCACACCAGGCCGACUCUGGGAAUUGUAUGCGCAGGGCAAUAGUCAUCUGAGCAAGAUUGAAAAUGUGAGUUUCCUGUGCAUUGAUGAAACCGAUCGCAUGGUGGAGAAGGGCCACUUCGAGGAGCUGCGCAGCCUGCUCAAGGUGCUCAACGCGGAUGAGGAACGCAAGAAGUUGCGACAAAAUUUUGUCUUCUCGGCCACAUUGACAUUGGUCCAUGAUCUGCCCGAGCAUAUGCAAAAGCGUAAUCUGGCCAAGCGACCCAAGUUCAUCAAGCAAACGGUGGAUCAAAAGAUUGAGAGCCUGAUAGAAGAACUGGGCAUAUCACAGCCCAAGAUUGUGGACAUCACCAGCAGCCAGCAAACUGCUCAGACGCUCACCGAGAGUCGCCUGCUGUGUGCCAUCGAUGAGAAGGAUUACUAUCUGUACUACUUUGUUCAACGUCAUCCUGGUCGCACGAUUGUCUUCUGCAACUCCAUCGACUGUGUCAAGCGGCUAGCCACGUUGUUCGGCUUGCUGAACUGCAAUCCUUUGCCGCUGCACGCGAAUAUGAUUCAGAAGCAACGUCUGAAGAAUUUGGAACGCUUUCGGGACAACCCGAUCGGCUUGUUGAUAGCCACCGAUGUGGCUGCCCGUGGCUUAGAUAUACCCAAUGUUGAGCACGUGAUACACUACCAGGUGCCGCGCACCAGCGAGAACUAUGUACAUCGCUCGGGUCGCACAGCGCGUGCCAACAAGCAUGGCAUAACGGUGAUGUUCAUGGAGCCGGGCGAGGUGAAGGCCUAUGUGAGGCUACACAAGACGCUGGAGCGGACUGAGGAUUUACCACUAUUUCCCAUCUCUGAACGUUUCCUGGGUGCGGUCAAGGAGCGAGUUAAUCUAGCCCGUGAACUGGACAAGGAGGAACUGAAGUUGCGUCGCACUCAAAGCGAAGAGGGUUGGAUGAAAAAGCAUGCCGAGGAAAUGGAUAUGAUUAUCGAUGGCUACAACGAUGAGUCUGGUAGCGACCAGGAUGAAGAUGCAUUCAUCAUUGAAAGGAGACGCAAUCGCUUGCAUGUUGACACAGUGCGAGCACAGCUUAGCGCCCUACUCUCACGCCCCAUUUUCCCCAAGGGAUUCAGCUUUAAGUAUCCCACCAGCACAGGUCAGCUGCCCGAGGGCACGGACAUUGCCAGCAGUGAUUCCCGCAGCGCUGUGGAAACAAUGAAGGCAGCCAUCGAGGACAUGAAACUGGCCAAGCAACAGCGCAACAAACGCAAACGCAAAGUGUAAAUAAUUAUAUUCUAGUUUACUGUACAAA